GAGAUAAGAAAAAAACAACUAAGACGGCCAACAUGUUUAGAAUAUACGGCUAAUUCGUGGCGAGAGAGAAACAUUGGGCGAGACUUUGCUGCGCCUUUCGAACGUUGGCGAAAAAACUCGCUUGUCAUAUUUUCUUCUUUUUUUUUUCAACGACGCUGACGUCACCGCAGCAAUGGCGGAGGCGGCCGCUGUCGUUGCUGGUGCGGAUGUCAACAUGGCUGUGAAUCCCACACAAGUCAACAUGGCUGUGAAUCCCACACAAGUCGCCAUGGCCUUCUUUCAAGACGAGACGCAUGAAGGAGAAAGUGCCCAGCUCAACCUGGGAGAACUGGACCUGACCACAGAUGAGUUCAUCUUGGAUGAAGUGGACCUGCACAUCCAGGCCAAUCUGGAGGACGACCUCGUCAAGGAGGCGCUUAAAACGGGUGUGGACUUGCGCCAGUACUCCAAACAAGUGGAGGCGGAGCUUCAGAAGAUUGAACAGGCCUCCAUCAAAGACUACAUCAAGGAGAGUCAGAACAUCGCUCUGCUGCACCAGCAGAUCAGCGCUUGUGACGCCAUCUUGGAGAGGAUGGAGGAGAUGUUAAGCGGCUUCCAGAGCGACCUGUCGUCCAUCAGCAGUGAGAUCCACACGCUGCAGCAGCAAUCCCUCAGCAUGAACGUCCGUCUGAAGAACCGCCAGGCGGUCCGCAGCAACCUCAGCCAGCUGGUGGACGAGCUGCUGGUGCCCGGCAACAUGAUCUCGACCAUCCUGGACUGUCCGGUGACGGAGCAGGACUUCCUGGAGCAGCUCCACGAACUCAACAACAAGAUCAACCUGGCCAAAGAGCUGAGCUUCCGAGAGACGCUGGCCUGCUCCGACAUCCAGGACAUCGUGGACCGUCUCAAGGUCAAGGCGGUGUGUAAGAUCCGAGAGUUCAUCCUUCAGAAGAUCUACUCCUUCCGGAAGCCUAUGACCAACUACCAGAUCCCACAGAACACUCUGCUGAAGUACAGGUUCUUCUACCAGUUCCUGCUGGCCAACGAGAGGACGGCAGCCAAAGAGGUGCGGGACGAGUACGUGGACACCAUGAGUAAGAUCUACUGCAGUUACUUCAAGUCGUACAGCGGCCGGCUGCUCAAAGUGCAGUACGAAGAAGUCGCUGAUAAGGACGACCUGAUGGGAGUGGAGGACACGGCCAAGAAAGGUUUCUUCUCCAAGCCGUCUCUGAAGAGCAGGAACACCAUCUUCACUCUUGGCCAGAGGGGGGCGAUACUGAGUCCCCCAGAACUCGAGGGCCCCAUUCUGGUCCCUCACACGGCGCAGAGGGGAGACAGCAGGUACCCGUACGAGACCUUGUUCCGCAGCCAACACUACGCCCUUCUGGACAACGGCUGCAGGGAACACCUCUUCCUGUCGGACUUCUUCAUGGUGGCCGGGAACUCCGCCCUGGAUCUGUUCAACAGCAUCAUGGGGAAGACGCUCAGCAUGUUCCUGAAGAGCAUGUCCACGUACGUGUCCGACUGCUACGACAGCAUCGCCAUCUUCCUGUGCAUACACGUCAUCCUCAGGUUCCGCGCCAUCACCACCAAGAGGAACAUUCCCGCUCUCGACAAGUAUUGGGAGGCUGUGCUGGAGCUGCUGUGGCCUCGCUUUGAGCUCAUCCUGGAAAUGAACAUCCAUAGCAUCAGAAACACAGACCCUCAGAAACUGGGAGUGCUGGACACCAGGCCGCACUAUAUCACGCGUCGCUAUGCCGAGUUCUCGUCGGCCAUCGUCAGCAUCAACCAGACCUUCCCCAAUGAGAGGACCCACGCUCUGCUGGCUCAGCUGCAGGUGGAGGUGGAGAACUUUGUGCUGAAGAUGGCAGCAGAGUUUCCCUCCAGGAGAGACCAGCUCAUCUUCCUCAUCAACAACUACGACAUGAUGCUCAGCGUCCUCACUGAGAGGGCAGCAGACGACAGCAAGGAGGUGGAAGGUUUCCAGCAGCUGCUGCUGGCCAGGACGCAGGAGUUUAUUGAAGAGAUUCUGUCAGCGCCCUUUGGAGGGAUGAUCUCCUUUGUGAAGGAGGCCGAGGCGCUCAUGGAGACCGGGCAUCUGGAGCGACUGAAGAACGAGGAAGCUCGGAUCUGUCAGCUGGUGCGAGGCUUCUCCAGCUCCUGGAAGCAGUCUGUGGAGGCCAUGAGUCAGGAAGUCAUGCGCUCCUUCACCAACUUCAAGAACGGAACCAGCAUCAUCCAGGGCGCCCUCACCCAGCUCAUCCAGUACUACCACGGCUUCCACAAGGUCCUCAACCAGCCCACCUUCCGCAGCCUGCCGGUCCGCUCGGAGCUCAUCAACCUGCACCACCUGAUGGUGGAGGUCAAGAAGCACAAGCCCAACUUCUGAUCAUGAACAACAACCAAGUGUGCUGUCCUUUUCAUGUGCCUGCUGGUCCUUUCAAAGUAAAAGUUGUGUUCGAGUCCGACCAGAACUCUCCUGCUACUUGGACGCCCGCACACUUGUGUCUUUUCAGCUGCGAGCUCCAGGAGAAGGCGCCGCGGCAGACGCCGCAGUGGAAGGGUUUCUCGCCGGUGUGGGGCUGAGGCCGCCCUUUCGGGAGAAGCUCUUCCCGCAGAGCGAGCAGUCGAAUGGUUUCUCCUGCGUGUGCGUCCUGGCGUGCUGCUGCAGCGUGUGGCGCAGCGUGAAGCGGCGCCGGCCCACGUGUCGGCUCAUGUUCUCCUUCUGGGAGAACUUCUUGCCGCAGAGCGAGCAGCUGAACGGUUUCUCUCCCGUGUGGAUCUUCUUGUGCAGGUUGAGGUUGGACUUGGAGUAGAAGCUCUUCCCGCACUCCGAGCAGGUGGUGGAUGUGUCGUGUGCCGUCGGAGCUGUCCCUCCUCCACCCUCAUCUUCAUCCGUCCUGGCCGCCCGGGACUUGGUGAGCUGCUCUUUAACGCGGGGGUUCUUCUCUGCGCCCGCCACCACCUUGAAGACGUCCACAUUUUAGUGCAAACACGCGUUUAAACAUGCAUUUUCACAUCCCAAUAUUACUUCUGCGCUACUUAAAGGAAUUAUCAAUACAAAUAUAAAAAUGCUAGCAUGCUAACAGUUAGCAUGUGUCAAGUACCAAGUUAUAGCACUCUUCGAUGUUUGGCUGCAAAAUUGGCUUAAAAAAAGUUACCACAGUUUAGCAUGCUGAUAGUUAGCAUGAGUCAAGUACCUAGUUGUGAGUCUGAGGCGUUUGGCUGCAAAAUUGGCUAAAAAAAAGUUAGCAUGCUAACAGUUAGCAUGUGUCAAGCACCAAGUUAUAGCAUGCUAACAGUUAGCAUGUGUCAAGUACCAAAUUAUGGAACUCUUCGAUGUUCGGCUGCAAAAUUGGCUAAAAAAAC